AUGCGGUUGUCAAUGCGUUUAUUAUCGUCUGUUGUACAAAAAAGACCUUAUUAUAUUACAACUCCAAUUUUUUAUGUAAAUGCCGCUCCACACUUGGGUCACUUAUACACAGCAGUUGUAGCAGAUGCAAUACAAAGAUUUGAGAAGUUGACAAAUCCAGAUUGUCAUGUUAUAUUUAGUACAGGUACAGACGAACAUGGCACAAAAAUCCAGCAAGCAGCAGCUCAAGCUAAACUUCCCUUACAGGACUACUGUAAUAACAUUUCACAGGAAUACAAAGCACUUUUUGACGAAUUCGAAGUAGGAUAUACAGAUUUUGUACGUACUACAGAGGAAAGACAUAAACGGGCUGUACGACAUUUCUGGAAGAAAUUAGUGAAGAAAGAUUAUAUCUAUAAAGCGAAAUAUGCAGGCUGGUACAGUGUCAACGAUGAAGCUUUCGUUCCCGAGUCACAAACUAGAGACGAAAUCACUAAAGAUGGAAAGGUAAAAGUUUCAACGGAAUCAGGUCACAAACUUGAAUGGACUGAAGAAACCAACUACAUGUUUAGAUUGAGUGAAUUUAAAACACAUCUACAAGAAUGGUUAAAACCAGAUGGAGUAGUCCGACCGAGUAAGUUCCAGAAACAACUACAGGAAUUUCUUGCAAGCGAUGCAUACUUCCCUGAUAUAUCGGUCAGUCGACCUUCCUCCAGAGUUCAUUGGGCUGUACGGGUACCAGAUGACGAAGAGCAAAGCAUAUAUGUAUGGCUGGAUGCUUUGAUAAACUAUCUGACUGUGUGUGGCUACCCUGAUGAAGAGCAACUGAUGGCUCGACGCGCCUGGCCCGUUGAUGUUCAUGUCGUUGGGAAGGAUAUUUUGAAGUUUCACGGUAUAUAUUGGCCGGCGUUUCUAAUGGCGGCUCGCUGGCAGCCACCUCGUCAGUUAGUGUGCCACUCGCACUGGACAGUAGACGGAUUGAAGAUGUCCAAGUCGCUGGGGAACGUGGUCGCGCCCCGCAGUGUGUGUGCGCCCUCCGCGCUCAGAUACGUUCUCUUGAGGGAAGCAACAAUGGUGGAUGAUGCGAACUACAGCGAAACGAAGCUGCUGCACAUCGCAAACUCGGAACUAGCGGAUACGCUCGGCAAUCUGGCAAGCCGCGCGUGUGGGACUGCACUCAAUCCGCGAAACGAGUUACCGCCACCGCACACGAACGAGCUCAGGGCGGUCGCACGCAGAGAGCCCGCCGCGCACCUGCUGCAAGCGCUCGACCGCCUGCCCGAAACCUGUCAUCAACAUUUUUCAAACUAUCAGUUCUACAAAGGAGUGGACGCUGUCAUACACGUGCUACACUUAGCAAACUUAUUCUUCGAAACAAUGAAACCUUGGGAACUAAAGAAGAACUCAGAAUGUCAAAAAGAAUUAGACGUAGUACUCCACUUAACGCUAGAAACUUUAAGGAUAUGCUCAAUCAUACUACAGCCAAUAAUACCUGGCUUAGCGAGCAAACUUUUAGACAAAUUACAAGUACCUAAAGAAUGUAGAUAUUGGCAAGACUGCGAGAGACUGCCAUGGCGGAUAAAAGGCGCAAUUUUCGAAACUAAAAACAUUCAAAGCGGGAAAUUCGUUCUUUUCCCGCGCAUAUACGUUGAUAAGAAAAAUUUACAGAAGAAAACAGUGAGUGCUUAAAUAGUGAAAAGAACUUUUUCAAUUGAGAUUAGUUAGUACGGGUUUUAAAAUUAUUUAUUGUUAUGUAUAGAAUGUUUAGUUUCUAUUAAAUGCAAUAUAUUUAUAUUUCUUCAAAA